AUGCUGACCACUUCCCUCGACCUGGACAAGGACGGCGUUCAAAAAGGUUACAUCGAUGUUCCCGUUUCGCUGGAUCUGAGUGCCUGGUCCAACCAGCGUGUGCCGAUUUACAGUUUCAAGAACGCACAAGGCCCGUCUCUCCUGUUGCUCGGGGGCGCACACGGAGACGAAUUCGAAGCACCUGUCGUCCUGUCGAACCUUGCCAAUGGCGGGAUCGAUGCGGCGAACAUCCACGGACAAGUCAUAAUCGUUCCGGCAUUGAAUCUACCUGCUGUGAUGAACGGGUCGCGGUUGUCGCCACUCGAUGGCGGCAACAUGAACAGGGCCUUUCCGGGAAACCCGCGCGGCUCGGCAACGGAACGCAUUGCUGACUUCGUGAGCCGUGAAUUGAUUUCCAGGGCUGACGUGGUGCUCGAUCUGCAUUCAGGUGGCCGAUCGCUCAGGUUCCUGCCGUCAACAAUUGUGCCGAUGCAGACUACGGAAACCGCGACCGGUGAAAUCCGUGCACUUGCUGCAGCGUUUGAUGCCCCGCUCACGGUCAUCCUGCGAGAGCCGCAGGUGGAGACUAUGAUCGAUACCGAGGUGGAACUGCAGGGCAAACGGAUAUUGGCCACAGAACUCGGCGGGUCGGGAACGCUGUCGCAAGAGACACUGCUUGUGACACGAAAGGGUAUUGACGGUGUGAUGCGGCACAUGGGGCUCGUGGCGGGCCCGGACAACUGCGAUACAACGCAGUGUUCAAAAACGGUGCUCGUCGACGGUUUUCAUCACUAUGUAUACGCCGACGAUGCGGGCAUUUUCGAGCCUCUAGCCGGACUGGGAGAUCGCGUUCGGGAAGGUGAUGCCGUCGGCAGACUUCAUCUGGUCGACAGGGCCGAGACUGCGCCUGUGGCGGUGAAGGCGCGAACCACAGGAUUUCUGUUCUGUACAGCAGGUCAGGGGCUUGUCCGCCGGGGCGAUUGCAUAAGUGUCAUCGGCCAUCCGGUUGACUGA